UCUUUAUCAGGCUCCCUUGAAGGUUGCCUAGAGCAUCGUCAGCGAUUGGGAAAAUUAAAAUGCUAUCUCUCCGGACCUUGUGACGACAUAAAUAUCACUGGAGCGGAAUUGGACGUGACUCUUGGCCUACCUAAAGCUAGCGAUACUUCAGACGACCACGGAAAAGUAAGAAUACCUAAUUUCAGACGUAAGGUUUCAACCUCCUGCUUGUCAAAGCACCGUAUUGCGUGUGCCAGCGAUAAUGUUGGGGCCUACCUAGAGUUAUCUGCGUCUAAUAUUGAACUGAAGUCUGCACAACUUGAUAAUACUGACUUGUCGGAAUUGACAGGGGGGAUCAAACUGUACCAAGGUGUUCUGGGUCGAAGUCCAAUCACAGACAUACCGAUCUGGCGCGUCAAAACGGCGAGGGGGACAAUUAGCCUUUUAGAGCAGUCAUGGCUUGAUGCGAUCCUCCCCAAUCUGCAUUCAUGA